UGGCUUCCCUGUGAAAUGCUCAUUGCAGGUUACACAGCAAAAAAGCAUCUAAACAGUUGGCUGGUUGCAGGCCAGAUCAGCGAUGAUGAACAAGGUUACGACCUGGACUUGUUUUGCAUACCUAAACAUUAUGCAGAUGAUUUGGAAAAAGUCUAUAUUCCUCAUGGGCUCAUCAUGGACAGGACGGAAAGACUGGCACGAGAGAUUAUGAAGGGCAUGGGAGGACAUCACAUUGUAGCUCUCUGUGUACUCAAGGGUGGCUAUAAGUUUUUUGCUGAUUUAUUAGACUACAUCAAAGCACUGAACAGAAACAGUGACAAAUCAAUCCCCAUGACUGUAGACUUCAUUAGGUUGAAGAGUUACUGUAAUGAUCAGUCAACUGGAGAUAUAAAAGUCAUUGGUGGGGAUGACCUUUCAACCUUGACCGGAAAGAAUGUUCUGAUUGUAGAAGAUAUAAUUGAUACUGGUAAAACAAUGAAAACAUUGCUGUCUCUACUUAAGCAGUACAAUCCAAAGAUGGUGAAAGUAGCCAGUUUGUUGGUAAAAAGAACUCCUCGAAGUGUGGGAUAUCGACCAGACUUUGUUGGAUUUGAAGUACCAGACAAAUUUGUUGUGGGAUACGCCCUAGAUUACAAUGAAUACUUUAGAGAUUUGAACCAUAUCUGCGUGAUCAGUGAGACGGGGAAACAGAAAUACAAAGCAUGAAAGCUUCAAGUGCUGCGGCAACAGAGCUUUGAAUUGUUUUGUUUACUGAGUCCUAUCUUUCACAGGCUUCAACUCUGGUACACCAGCUAAAAUUGUAGAAUGCCCCAGCCCCAUUGUCAUAUACUUGCUAUAACUUAUUGCAUGUGUAAUAUAAGAAUCUUGUCUUGUUCGUUUAUAUUUUGGAAAUGUAAACUAGUGCAAUUCUGCACUCCUUAUUUUGAUUUGCACUAUGACUCUACCGACUAUUGCUGCCCCUGGUUGGGUUGUGCUGUUUGUUAGCUCCAGAGUCUAACUCUUGCAGUGGUAAAUUGCUUAAACCUCAUCAACCCAGAACUGAGAUAGUUCAAGUACUGUAAAUGUAAAACAUUUUAUGAUAGGGAAGUCUAUUAGUAAUAUUUUUAAAAUCUGUAAUUUAAGUUUUAUAUUUUAAUGCACAAGUGUGAUUGUGAUUAUUGGAUAGUUGCACCUUUGGGUGUUACAAAGCAUGAGGAGCAGCCAGUUACAGUAUCUGUAAUCUCUGAGGAGCUCAUCCAAAUCUCCUGGAGUUGCCUUAUUGCUGGAAAGGAAGGCUGGGUGAAAAAUGUCAUUUUUUGAGCUAUAAGGAGAUGGAAUUACAAAACAGAAUGUUUAAAAUGUAGUUUUAAUUGAGUUGCCCAUUUCUGUUAGAUUUUUUUUUUCUUUACAAAUAUUCAUCAGACAGUGGAAUUGCCUUUUAAAUCUAAACAAUUUUAAUAUAUUUGUGGAAAACAUAUUGUAAUGUUUAUAAGAUCUGCAAAACAAAGUUCUUUAAAUAAAGGCUGACUCUUUAAAAUAGCCCCAUACAGCUAUGCCACUCAUUCCAUAUAUUAAAGUGCUCUUUGAAUUUUAUUCUCACUAGUAUUUUUCAUAAGUUUUUCUAUCAGUGGAGGCAGACUCUCUGAAUUUAUCCCUAUAGGCCUUUUGGUUAACAUUAUGCUAUCUAUAGGAGAAAUGAUAAAGUGCUGAGAGAAAAAAUACCAAAAUACUUACGUUCGAUAACCCAGAAGGAUUUCAGAGAAAAUGCUGUUUAAGCACCAUUGUUUGUUCUGUUUUGGAAAAAUAAAAAUAAAAAGAAGAAGAACAAAGAUAAUGUGUUCAUUAAAUAUGUAUAUAUUGAGAUGAAAAAAAAUUGUAAGUGAUCGUUUGGUUUUGUUUCACUAACAAACAUCACUGUUCACAUCAAGUUUAAUUCUAAACACGACAGCCCAUCUCACAUCCACCCUGCACUUAGCUUACCCAUUUUUUUUAUUUUUCCACAUGUAUUCUUCCAUUAUACGCUAGGAUUUGAUGCUGUUCGAUGCUUAAUAUGUAAUUAAGUUUCUGCCAGCCUGUUUUGAAUAGUGUUUCUGUUUUUGAAGUUCCGGUCGUGUUUCCCUGUUUUUCUGAUUACUGCGCAUGGUUGUUCAUCCACGAGGUGUUCAGUUGCAACUGUAGUAGUCAGUGGAAGACCUGAAAUAGGAAUAAUUUACAUAACACUAUUUAUAUCAGAUAACCACAAUCUGAGCUACUUGGUCAUAAUUAAACUAUAGUUAAUAUCGUAUAGUUAACGUUCCAAAGAACUUCUUUAAAUGCACUAUAAAAACUGAGUAUGUUUCUGCCUGUCCUGAGUAUGUUUCUGCUGUUCGUGUAUGUGCCUUCUCAAGAACAUGCGCUAUCCCUGGGACCUUGUUUUGGAAGAUGUAUGGUGCACCUCCCCAAAGAGGAGGAGCAAAAUCAACACAGAAAAACAUAAAUGAACUUCAAAAUUAUUACAGCCAUUAAAGCUUUCAUUAGUUCUUGUUGAAA